AUGUCUACCACAGAGGCGAUCAACCAUACAACACCUCCAGAUCAGUCUGAACAAUCGGAUCAGAGUGAUGAAGACACUUCUCCUCCGCCUCCAAAGAAAAGAGUAAAGUUUAUCGACCAUAAAUUUCACAAUGACCCUGGUCACAAGAUAAUCAUCAUUUCCAAUGAUAACAUCAGGUUUAAAGCUAGUCAACGUCUUCUUGUUCGAGCAAGUCAGUUCUUCAGAGAUCUUCUUAGUGUUCCUCCUCCAUCGGAUAAAGACGCUGCAGGUCAAGAACCAAGUCAAGUGGAACCGAUCCACCUCGAUUUCCCCUCAACUAUCAUAUCCAUUUUCUUGGAUCUCACAAGUGUAUCCGAACCCUAUUCCCCUCGACUCGUCAUCCACCAAGCUAGAGAUUUACUAGAAAUGGUUGAAUUCACUUUAUCCGAUGAACUACAACCAUACGUUCGCAAAUCUCUCCAUGAUGCCGGUUCCAGCCAGCCUCUCGAGCUCUUUGUAAUUGCCUCAGAAAGAAACGAUUUCAGUCUUGCUCGGUUUGCACUCGCAAAAAUCACUUCCGCUCACGUUCAAUCUUUUCUGAAAUUAUCCCAUCUCAGUACUCAUGAAGGCAUCAAAGCGCUACAGAAUUACUUCUCACGACUUCGCCCCUCUUUUCACCUUGAACUCUUGUCCCGCAUCAUGGUACCAGGUGAAGUACGAGAACAUCGUCAAAUAGCUCUGAGACCUGGAUUCUUCUUCACGGAUGAUUGGACGACAAUAGCGCAAACUUUCGAUCCCAGUCGUUUUACAUGA